AUGGGUGAUUCCAAUGAUGAUGUCUACGAGAUCAAAGGGGAUGAUGUGAAGGUGAUUCGUGCCGCUUCAGUAUCAAGUGAACUUGAUGACAAGUCAACUGCCGCAGCUACUUCAACUGCUGAUGUCGAUGACUACAUUUCCAAGUUUUUGGAGAUGUCGGAAGAUGCUCGUGCUGAUGACCAAAGAGAAAAGACAAUGACUUUGAAGGAGGGGGUCAAAACGUUCCCCAAGGCUAUUGCUUGGUCAUUGAUUUUAUCAACGGCGUUGAUUAUGGAAGGGUACGAUACAAAUUUGUUGACGAGUUUUUAUGCUUAUCCUGGGUUUAGAAAGAAGUUCGGUGAUUAUUUUCCUGAUAUCAAUGAUUAUCAAGUGCCAGCAAGAUGGCAAACUGGAUUAUCUAUGGGUUACCAAUGUGGCCAAUUGAUCGGGUUAUGGUGGGCUGGUAUAUUCGCUGACAAGAUCGGGUACAGAAAGACAUUGAUGCCGGCAUUAGCGACUUCUAUCGGGUUAAUCUUUAUUCAGUUUUUUGCUCCAAAUCGUGAAGUAUUGCUUUUAUCUUAUAUCUUAUUGGGUAUCAAUUGGGGGUCUUAUCAAACAAUUACUGUGACCUAUGCAUCAGAAAUUGCACCGGCUAGUUUGCGAGUGUAUCUAACAACCUAUGUCAAUGUGUGUUGGGUUUUUGGUCAAUUGAUUUCUGCUGGGGUUAUCAAAGGCAUUUCGAACAUGAGUGAUCCUCAUGCUUAUCGUAUUGCUUAUGCUAUCCAAUGGAUUUGGCCAAUUCCAAUCUUGAUUGGUGUAUAUUUGGCCCCAGAGUCACCAUACUUCUUGGUCAAGAAGGGAAGAUUACAAGAAGCUAAACAUUCAUUGAUGAGGUUAUUGACUACUAAUUCCUAUUUACCAGAAAAGAGUUUAGUUGUCGAGAGUAUGGUUACCAAAAUUCAAUUGAUUGUUAGAGAAGAAGAUGCCACUAGCAAAGGGGCAACUUUCAAAGAAUGUUUUACUGGCAAAAAUUUCAGAAGAACAAGAAUCGCAGGAAUUACUUGGUUAUUUCAAAACAUUACUGGUUCAGCAUUGAUGGGUUACUCAACUUAUUUUUAUGAACAAGCAGGAUUGGAUCUUUCCAAUGCUUUCACGUUCUCCAUCAUUCAAUAUUGCCUUGGUAUCAUUGGUACAUUUGGCUCAUGGUUUUUGUCACAAAAGCUCGGUAGAUUCCCGAUUUUUUUCGGGGGAUUGUGCACACAAGCUGUUCUUCUUUUGGUUACUGGUGGGUUGGGCUGCGCUUCAUCCACUGGCGCUAGUUGGGGUAUUGGGUCCAUGUUGUUGGUUUACACAUUUGUCUAUGACUUAACUGUGGGUCCAAUGUGUUAUUGUAUUGUCCCCGAAAUGCCAUCAGCCAAAUUGAGACAAAAGACAGUCAUGUUGUCAAGAUUCCUUUAUAAUGUUUCCGGUAUUGUUGUUGGUAUUCUUUCCAGUUAUAUGUUGAAUCCAACUGAAUGGAACUGGAAAGCCAAGACGGGGUUCUUUUGGGCUGGAUUUGCCAUUUUUGCUGCCAUUUGGACUUGGUUUGAAUUACCAGAAACCAAAAAUAGAACUUUCGCUGAAUUGGAUAAAUUGUUUGAACAAGGUGUACCUGCUAGAAAAUUCAAACAUACUAUUCCAAAGACUUUUGAUGCUGGUGAAAUGAUGGAGAAAUUGGGUAAUAAUGGUAUCAAAAACAUUAUUAACGAAAGAGAGCAUAUUGAAUAUGCCGAUGAUGAGUCAAGAUAA